GAUUACGGUACGACCCUGGCUAAUAUUCGGAUAUGGUUAUGUAUUGUAAUCAUUUUAAUGUUGCAAAUCUAAGGUAAACACGGUUACUACGUCGCCGUUUAAACGGUUAAAAAAAUUGAUAUGGAGGUGCCAGGACGUAAGGAGAGCAGUGAUGAUAAGGUCAAGCGAAAAUGCCAACCCUGCCAAGACGAAAAUGUUCUUCAUGAAGCUUACGGAUAUUGCACAACAUGUGGAGAAUACUUGUGUGAUGCUUGCUACAAAUAUCAUCUUCGACCAAAGCCUUUUAAAGACCACGUUCUUAUUGAGUACAAGACCAUUACGUCAAAAGACAGAGCACCAACCCCUCCAGGUUCAUAUAAACAUAAUGUUUUUGAUGACCAGGUUUUGCAGCAAGGUGAAAAUGGUGAUAAAUGUAUGACAGAGGAACCUCCCCCACCUGUUCCAAGGAGAACGAGGGUAUACAGUACAAAAUGUUCUUUACACCCUUUAGAUGAUCUAAAAUAUCGUUGCAAAACUCAUAAAGUGAUCGUUUGUAGCGAAUGUGCUUUAAAAAAACAUAGACAUUGUGAUAAUUUGGAUAACAUUCAUGAUAUUUAUGAUUCUGAAAGUGAACGGAUUGUUUCAAAAAUCCAAUAUGUAGAAGAUAAAGCAGCGUAUAUACUAAAGCAAGAAACAAAUGCCAACGAAGGAGCUGAUGUAUCGUAUGAGGAGGUUUUGUCACAAAUCCGUUUAGAUAGAGAGCAAGUUAACACAUAUUUAUACGAAACAGAAAAACGCUUAAACAAUGAGGUUUAUAGAUUUCGAGAGGAAAGCAAGAAUAGGCAGACGGAGAUGCUCGAUAUAUGUCAGAAACUUAAAAAGAAAAAAGACUUAAUAAAGGAUACCAAUUUAUCAGAAAUUGAGAGAUACAUAUCAAUGACCGAAGGAGAGUGCGAAAUAGACAACAUCAACAGAGAUCUCAAGGGAGUUUUCGGUCUGCCGCGUUUACGUGUUUCUUAUAAAUCACAGUACCCAUUGCUUGAUUCGAAAAACUUGGUUGUCGAGAAACAUAAAAGGGAAAUAGGUAGACGUGAACUUAAGCUUCUUAAAAAGGUAAAUAUAGCACGGGGAAAUCAAACGUGCUCCAUAACUGAUAUAGCAACACCAUCAAAUGAAACAUUUCCAGUGAUACUUGUAGAUUUUCGAAACCAAAAACUGAUUAUGAUUUCCGUUGAAUAUUCACUGAUAUAUCACCAGCUUGAAUGGAUACCUUGGGGAAUCACAUUUAUCAGUUAUGAUAGGCCAAAUGGUGAAAUAGCAAUAACUUGUUCAUAUGAUGACAGGAUAUUAUUUUUUACUAUCGGUCAAAAGAUUGCUAAGAUUGCUGAAAGUAAGCGUACAUCUAUAAAAGUGGAGAGUCCCAGAGGAAUCAGAUAUCAUAAGUCUGAAAAUGUGAUGAUAGUGGCUGUCAAUAAUUUUCAAAAUGCUAGCAUUCAGUGUUGGUCGCUAAAUGGGGAUUUAGUGCGAACCAUUGCUUCUUUCGGUUACUGCAUUGAGAGUAUAAACCUUACACAUGAUAAUCAAAUCAUUUUUGGUUCUCUUUCAAAGCACUGCAUACAGUCGUGUGAUAUGUCUGGCAAAGUUUUAAGAUAUUUUCCAUAUAUAGAUGACAGUAUGUGUGGACCAUAUGGUAUAGCGUCUGAUCAAAGUCAGUCAAUCUAUGUAUGUGGAUUCAAAUGCUUGCGUGUGGUUUCAAGAGAAGGGGAAUGGAAUGAACUUCUGACAAGAGAUGACGGAUUUAAGCCACAAUCACUUCUUGUCAGUAAUAGGUCAGAUAGGCUUUACGUCGCACAGGAAAAAGGGUGUACUGAUUUACUUAUUUUUGAAUUAUGAAAGAUGAUAAACUAAGACCUUGAAAAAGCAAUCAAAGUGUAAUUGUGGCUAUUUUUUUGCUGUCUAAUCAUAGACCUAUUGACAGUUUCAUAUUAAAGGAGCAAUAAGCAAAUGAAUAUUCUAUUCUUCUAUAAGAAAUGCAGAUAGGUUAAAGCUGUAUUAAUUUAUUUAGAACAUUUUUUCAGGUUCUCGUAUAAGAAGUAUCUUAUCAUGUUAAACGUGAUUUUGAGUAUGCAAAGUACUUGGAUAUUUUGCCUUUUAAUUUAAGAUGUUAUCUAA